AUGCACUUGUCUUAUUUCUUGUUGGUAUUCCUCAACUCGACUUGGGUUAUCUCCGCAGCUAUCAAGGGGCUCUCCAUCUUUGAGAAUGAUGGCUCUGUUCCUGUUGUUAAUAUCUCUUCUGCUGAUUUCGGUAAUGGGAACUCCAACACCGGAAAAAGGGCAAAUAUCUCACCAAAGAAGCUGAAGCUCAAAUAUACUCGAUAUGCUGUCACAAUUGACGGCCGAAACAUGUCCAAUUGGCAAGACUUCCAAACAAUCGGCUCUAUCUACAUCACCGAUCCUAUCCCAAUGAAGGAGGCCAGGCCUGGCAGUCAGAACCAAGUGGAAGUGAUCCUCGCGACUGGACGGUAUGGGAUUCCUCCCGCCCCGGUUGCGACAAAUGGAGACCUAUGGUACGUCACCAACUCGUACCUCGUGGGCUUCUUCAGUCAAGUUUAUACUUUUGGGGGUCUGAAAACCAUUGACUUUGCGAAUGAAUAUUUUCGCAUGAACCAGUUAACGGUUAGAAUUGAUACAUCGGACCCUACGCUUGCUAGCAAGAAUAAACCCGCCUCUUUCAAGGCAAAGGAUCAAUAUUAUAAACCCAGCAGUGGAGGGUUUGUGCUGGACAUUUCUCAAAAUUCAUUAAACGGAACUAUCUUUUUCAAAUCAGCAUUCCCGGUAUUGGCACCCUACCAUGCAAAGGUCAGUGGAAAGAAGAUGCAGACUGGAAUAUGGGAACUUUAA